AUGUCUACUUUAACUUUACAGGCCUUACCUAUCGAACUUUUACAGCGGAUCAUUGAUUAUAUUGAUACAGAAACCGUAUUUUUUUCUUUUCGAAAUGUUUGUAAAUCUUUUCGUUCAAUCGUUCAUAAGUACAAUCAAUAUCAACUCGAUUUUCGUGCAAUGACAAAACCAAAAUUUUGUCUCAUACAUCAUUUUAUUCAACCGGAAAAUGUUAUUUCUCUUGUUAUAUCUGAUGGACAUAAAACAUCUGGUCAAAUUCGAUUAUUUCUUUCAUUGUUUGACCUAUCUAUGUUUAUUCGACUUCGUUCUUUAACUCUUAUUCAAGUUAGUGAGUCAGACUCAAUUGAAUAUUUAAAACAUAUUAGAUUAUGUUCGCUUGUUUCACUUUCUAUUGAUUAUCGAAAUAUGCAGAGGUCAACCGCUGCAACAAAUGAAUCUCUCUCAUCAAAUCUGGAAAAACUCAACAAUCUUCACAAACUUGAUUUAUCUACGACUUAUUUAACAAUUGGUAACAUGCAAUAUCCAAUACAACAUAUGACACUUACUCGGUGUAUUCUAAACAUUCCAAUAUCUGAUAUUCUUCUUCAUUUUUCUCAUUUAAAAACAUUAAUAUUAAGUAGUGUUUCUACGUCCAACAUUGACGCAAAUUUGACUACUAAUAUUAAAAUAGAAUCAAAACUAAAAUCAUUGACUGUUGAAGGCUAUUCUUUGUGUAUGAAUAUGAUUAUAUCAAUUUUGUCAUUGACACCAUCAUUAAUUCAUCUUAAACUCAUAGCAUGGCCAACGAUGUCUGAAUAUUCAUGGAAUGGCUAUUGGUGGACAGAAUUCUUUCAAAAGAAUCUAACUCAACUCAAACUAUUUGAGUUUUUCUUUGAAAAGAUGAUAGAUUAUAAAGAAACUACUUAUGAUAUUGAAUCAAUAAUGAUACCAUUUCGAACAUCAUUCUGGCUAGAAAAACAAUGGUAUGUCACAUGUAAUUAUUAUAAAAAAAUACAUAAAUUACUACUAUAUUCAAUACCAAUAUGUAAAUCAAAUAUAUCAUAUGUAUGUACAACAGAUAAAAUUUCUUCUUCAAAUUUAACAAAUGAUGCACCAUAUAUAAUGGAUAAUGUACGUUCAUUAAGUUUGAGUUCAAUUCCAUCAACAGCAAUUACUUGUGAUAACGUAUGCUUUUUUUUUCUUGGUUUCUAA